AUGACCCCUGGUCGAACUCAGCCCUCUCGCAGUACAGUGGCUGGCCCCCGGCCCAUCGUCCCUCUCUCGCUCGCUUUCUCGCCCGCGCGCCCGGCCACUUCUCCGCGCGGCGCCGGGAACGGUGCGGUGACUUUGCCGGGCACAGAGGGCGGCGGCAAACCAAGUUUCCUUUCGGGCCGCGGUGCGCAGUCAAGAUGGCUGGGCCAGGCCGCUCCCCGCGCAGGGUCAGCCCCUGCAGCCCCCUUUCGGUCCCCGGGGACUCAUGCUCGCCCCCAACGCAGCGCUGCUCCGCCGCCGGAGUUCGGGACCCGCCUCCGCAGAGGCCGCCGCCCUCUCUCCCCGGCGUCGGUCAGUCGGUCGGCCGCCGGGACUGACAGACCCCGCCUCCGAACGCGGAAUAGACACCUGAGCUGCGCGGCCCGCGCCCAGCCGCCACUGCCUCCGCCGCCGCCUCCAGUUCCUCCUCCUCCUCCUCCUCCUUCUCUUCCUCCUCCUCCUCGGCGGGAGCAGCGCCCUUCACCCAACUUCCCGGCUCCAGCCCCGCUCGCACCGCCCGGCCGGCUCAUGAAUAUUUAUACAGCGCGGACUCGGUUCCGCCCUCGGCCGGGCGCGCCAAUCGCGGGGUGGCGGGGCGGAGUCUACGCGCUCCCAAGACUCAGCCUUCCUUAA